ACAGCAUGACUUCAGUUUUUAACCUGAAUGACGUGUGCGCGUGCACUUCGUCUUUUUCGUUCCUGAUUAUAUUGCACCUGAAAAAUAUUUCCAGCUGAUUUGCUGAGCUAAUCCAGAAACCUCGAACGCAUGUUGUGGCUGGAAAAAUGGCUUGGCUGUCCAUAAUAAAUUUCCGCUUGAUCAGUAUUUAUCUGGUUGCCAGAUUGGUGAUCAGUCAGACUACGCAGUAUAAGCGCUUCGAGUACAAAUACAGCUUUAAAGGACCCUAUAUUGUAUUGAAGGACAAUUCUGUCCCGUUUUGGGAUGUUGGAGGCCAUGCCAUUGCCAGCGAUGAUCAGAUUCGGUUGGCGCCUUCCUUGAAAGCGCGCAAAGGCUAUAUGUGGACCAAAAAUCCCGUGAACUUCGAGUGGUGGGAAGUGGAGAUGAACUUCAGGGUUUCUGGAAGCGGUCGCGUCGGUGCUGAUGGGCUUGCUUUUUGGUAUGCUACUGAGCGGAUGCAGGAAGGAGAUGCAUUUGGGAGCAAAACCACUUGGAAUGGACUGGGGAUUUUCUUCGAUUCAUUCGACAAUGACGGAAAAAUGAAUAAUCCUUAUGUUUACGUGAUAUUGAACGACGGUACCAAAGUUUUCGACCAUGACGCCGACGGAGUAAAUCAGCAGCUUGGAGGAUGUCUGCGCGACUUCCGUAAUAAACCGUUUCCUGUCAAGGUUAAAGUGGAGUACUACCGGAAUGUGCUAACGAUCUUGAUGACGAACGGUUUAACUGCUGAGGAAACCCCGGAACUCUGUCUGCGUGCAGAGAAUGUUUUCCUUCCGCGAAAUGCAUAUUUUGGAAUAUCCGCUGCUACAGGUGGAUUGGCGGAUGAUCAUGACGUUCUCUCGUUUGUUUCCACAAGUCUCCACGAUCAAACUCUCGAACGAAGCCAACAAAUCUCCCAGAUGGAGCGACAGAAGCUUGAGCAGCAAUUUCGGGAGUACAAUGAUAAACUGGAGCAGCAGCGUCAAGAGUAUCUGCAGCAGCAUCCCGAAAAGGCAGCCCAACAGCAGCAGCAACAAUCUGGUGGUCCGGGACAGUUUGAGAAUCCUCAGGAUCGUGCGCUGCGCCAGAUUUUUGAUGGCCAACAAUACAUUCACAUGGCUAUUCAGCAACUGAAUCGGCGCAUCGACGAAGUUAUUGGUCGACAGGAACGCACUUUAUCAGCAGUGUCUGGAUUAAAUUCCGGAACCGGUCAAUUUAACCAGCAACCAGUGUCCAGUGGAACGCCAGCGAUAGCUCAGACAGGGUCUGCUGACUCUAUACGACGUUAUGAAGUGGACUCCUUGCUAAGGACUCAACAGGAAUUACAAACUACGUUGCGAGAAGUCAAAAAUUAUGCUGCUGACAUUCAGACGAGGAUAGGCCAUUUGCAGCAAGCGUCCAACGCCAAUCCCGCCAGUUAUCAGCAAGCUGGCCAAGUGCCCCUGACGGAAAUACGCGAUUCAAUUAAUAAUGUCCGAAAGGAUACUAUGGCAAUUUUGGCGAAACCCCAGCCCAUUAGUACGUGUCCUCAACAGAGCUGCCUAAGUACAUUAUGGUUUGGAGCGUUCGUUGUUAUACAGACGGUUAUAUAUGUCGGGUACAAUCUUUUAAAGUCAUCUAACGAAAGCAAGAGCAAGAAAUUUUACUGAAGAAUUUUUUAAUUGUGUUUUAUAAUUCAGUUUUAACGUUUUUGAUGGGUGUUUCCGGUGUUACGUGCAAAUUAUUUAUUUUAAAUGUUUUACAUGUAAGAGGCAAAGACGUUCGGCAGUGGAAAACAAAGAUCUCUCUAAGUUUCAUUAACCUUUUAUGGAAAAUGACUGUUUAAUUUAUCGGUUGAUUUAUUUGCUCAGGUCAUUCGUAGAUUGUCGGUUCGGCACGACUCAGCAAUUGUGACUGUUGUAUGCGGAUGGUGUUUAACAAUAAAAUAAAAGAUCAGGU